UUUUUAUGAAACAUUUAUUUUGCUUCGUCAGAGGAUUUACACCGAACGGCAGGAGAGACGCAAGACAGAGAACUGCAAACUUCCAGAUUUUGCUGCGAUUUGUUUUGGCGACCAUGCGUCUAUACGGGUCAGUAAGUAUAUGGGUCACAAUACUGGUGAUGGUUCUGUUGGCAGGCCAUCAACUACAUGUCUCAGCUGACAGUGACACUUUGGCUCCACCGGAGGUCUCGCAGCACAAUGGCAGUCUGUAUGCAGCCUGUAAAAUGAGACCCAGCACCUCACUAGCUGAGGGUCUGCCCAAAGUGUACGGUCAAGUGCUGUUUAAGCAGGAUUAUCCUCAGGGAAAGCUCAAAGUCCUUCUCCGGUUCAAUGGCUUCCCCAGAGGGAGCGAUCCACAGCCCAGAGCAGUGCAUAUUCAUCAGUAUGGAGACCUGAGUCGGGGGUGUGACUCUACUGGUGGCCACUACAAUCCAUAUGAUGUAAAUCACCCCAACCACCCUGGAGACUUUGGUAACUUUGAGCCCCAACAAGGAAAAAUCUUAAGGGUGAUAGAAUCCGAGGCAACAUUGUUCGGAAGUAUGUCUGCGAUUGGAAGAGCAGUGGUGAUCCAUGAAAAGAAAGAUGACUUGGGGCGUGGUGGGGACGCUGGGAGCCUGCAGCAUGGAAACGCGGGCCGGAGGCUUGGCUGCUGCAUUAUUGGGAUUUCCUCCCCCAAUCUCUGGAAUGUGCACUAUAAUAAUAUGCGGCUGAGGAGAAAAUAAUCCCACAGUAAUGGCAAACACUUACAGAUUUUGCCUUUGUUGUUCAUUCAUCCCUUGUCUGACAAUGACUAAAUCAACCCUUGUUCUUUAAAGCAGUGGUUCUCAAACUUUUUCACAUCAAGGACCCCUAGACUGACACAAAUUAGACUUCAGA